AUGGCUUGCUCCGUGGAUAGCCUGAAACCCAAGCGACGGCCGAAAUCGCCGCUUGUCUUCCGGAAGCAUAUUAAGAUCUGGCGUGCAACGGCUGCACCCUCGCGGACUGUGCAGAAAUCACGCCCUCAAGCCGAGAAAGGGAGCCCCAAAAUGGCAGGAUCGAAUCCCCACGACAAGCCGCCUGGGUCGGUGCAGGCCAGAUGGCGGUCUCCGCCAAUCCGGGAGAUCGAUGCGGUUCUGGACCCCUUCUGCAGGUUCGCGGCCGACGUGCCCGCAGAGAGUCGUCGACUCCUUCAUUUCUACCUUACCACGAUUUCUGGCGCCAUCUAUGGGACCAAUCGCAAUCCAGCCUUCAGUCCUGUCCGAGAUGUCAGUUUUGUGGCGGCGUUGACGUCCUCGUACACGUUGGAAUGGAUGGUCAUUUCGGCAGAGGCGUUGCUUACCCGCUACAGGGGCGCCCCGGAACCGCCGUCAUUGUUUCGGCGGAAGGCUGCUGCGUACGUCUCGCUCCAGAAAUAUCUCGACAACUUCUCGAAAGAAAAGGUCACGGAUGACUUCGUCAACGGCCUCAUCAUGGCCAUCAUUGUCGAGUCGCGUAUUGCAGGCCCGCAAGCCUCGAAUGUACAUCUGAAAGCCUACGAAGCAGUCCUGAGGGCCGGGGGAGGCCUCAGGCGGCAGGUUGCGGCUUCGCCACGCCCAUUUCACCAGAUGAGCAACUUGAUGCCAUACCUGAUCUGUGAGCCUUUGCCGGAUGCCUUGGUCUUCUCCGAGGAGUUCGAAGACCAAGCGAUGGAUCUCCUCCUGACCAUUGUGAAAGGCGAGAAUACGGUUGAUCCGAUGGAGCUGAUUUUCACGGCGUCUCAUCAUUUCGCACGACCUCAAGUAUUGUUCCUGUCCCUGCGAGGAUCCCUACCCGAGCAAACCCGACGCUUGCUCGUUUUCAGCGUCAUCGCGCCGUACCUGCGCGUUGACGCAUGGGAACAACGACUUUAUUCCCAGAAGUCAUCGCACUUCAUUUCGCUCUUUCUCCUGGUGUCAGCCUUCUGGAAGCUGCGGCAUGAUCAAAAGUCCCAGACCACACUCUUCAACAACUUGUACCGCUUGUUCAUGAAUAGUGCCACCAAAGACAAGGCGGGCACCUGGAUGCUGACCGGCGAAGGAUUCUUUUGGGUCGUCGUCAAGGCGUGCUUUGACGUGUACACCAGUAUGAGUGACAGGCAGGUGAUGCUGAAGAACUACAUCGAUUUUCUGGCUGAUGCUGUCUCUGCGCUAAAGCUUUUCAGGGUCACUGAUGACAACCUCAGAUUAAAAAUGACCGUUUACCUCUACCAAUGCCUCACAGGAACAGAUGAAGAGCUGGGUUGA